GUACCCAGAAUCUUUUGGAAGCCUGUGUCCAAGCUAGUGUGCCAGCUUUCAUCUACACCAGCUCAUCUGAUGUUGCAGGGCCCAACUCCUACAAGGAGAUUGUCCUGAAUGGCCAAGAACAUCGUGAAAGUACAUGGUCUAAUCCCUACCCAUAUAGCAAAAAGAUGGCUGAGAAGGCUGUACUAGCAGCCAAUGGGUGCAGCCUGAAAGAUGGUGGCACUCUGCAUACUUGUGCCUUAAGACCUAUGUAUAUCUAUGGGGAAAAGAGUCUUAUAAUUUAUGUUAUAAUGAUCAGGGCCCUCAAAAAUAAUGGUAUUCUGGAUGUUACUGGCAAAUUUUCCACAGUUAACCCAGUAUAUGUGGGUAAUGUGGCCUGGGCACAUAUUUUGGCUGCCAGGGGCCUACGAGACCCCAAGAAGUCACCAAGCAUCCAAGGUCAGUUCUACUACAUAUCAGAUGACACUCCUCACCAAAGCUUUGAUGACUUAAACUUUGCUGUGAGCAAGGGCUGGGGCUUCCAUCUUGAUUCCAGUUGGAGCCUUCCUCUGCCCAUGCUCUACUGGCUUGCCUUCCUGCUGGAAACUGUGAGCUUCCUGCUGCGUCCAAUCUACAACUUCCGGCCUCCAUUUAACCGCCACUUGGUCACUCUGUCAAAUUGUGUGUUCACCUUCUCCUACAAGAAAGCUCAGCAAGAUCUAGGCUAUGAGCCACCUGUCAGCUGGGAGGAAGCCAGACAGAAAACUUCUCAGUGGAUCGGGUCACUAGUGGAGCAGCACAAGGGGACACUGAACACAAAGACUCAGUGAUGUGACCAUGGCAAGGACAUGGCCCUGGUUGCUGUCAGUUGGUAGUUGCCAGGUCUUCCAGAAGGGACAGAUGUACAAUCCAAGUCCUUCUGCCUUCCCUUGACACAAAGACCAACUUGGUGUAUUCCUCAAGUCACCAGAUGCUUUGCUAGUCACUGGCCCUGACACAGGCUUUCUUCCCCAACACCUGCCCAGCAACACAGGGCUGCUGUGUCUCAGCUCAAACUUCCAAACUUUCCAUGCCUCUUGCACCUUAGAGCUCUCUCCAUUGGUUUUAUCUCCCCACUAAAAACAUUUUGCUUCUCUGCAAAUUUUUCUUUCCUCUCUCUGAAGCUCAAUCAAAGGAUCAAUAAAUACUGAUUAAUACAUCA